ACCAUGCUGGCUUUUCGGGGCAAUGUCAAAACUACUGACAUUGAGUUUUAUCGUGAUCAGCUUGAUCAGCAGUUGGAGUCUCAGAUUACGUGGAGGCCUUAUACAGACACACUAUUAGAGACGUUCCUAGCUUUUUGUCUAGCAGGGUCCGAGAUUUGGCGAUCGAAGACCACCUUAGUCUGCUUCUACAUUAUUGAGCUGCAUCAUCCGGAUCGUGUGCUUCGACAGUUUGGGCUAUUACAGUAUAUACCUGAAGCAGUGCUUGCCAUAUCUCGCAUCAAUUUACGAAGUAGAGCAGAUGAGGAUUGGGCGCGCGGCAUACCAUACUUCAUACAUUCAGCAUUGGAAUGAUAGAUUUGUGGAUAUAGCAGAGGUGGACCCUGAGGUAGAUCCAGAUCCAA